UGUCUUGGCUUGCGGUCCACCACUGCUCAUCCCUGCUACCUCUCUCCGGUUAAAAAUCAAUAUCGUCGCCGUGCCUUGGUUGUUGAACAUUGCCAGAGGCGACUCUCAGUACAGCGGCUAAAAUCGGUCAAUCGCCAAUAGUCAAGAAUAUUGAUAUCUCAAAGGGAAAUUCCACAUGGAAACGUAACGGAAACGAGAGGGGAAUUAUGAAGCUCGUUUGCCAUGUCUAAGGCAGCAGUGAAGAAGCUGCAUUGGCGCUCUAAAGUGCAGGAGAGCUUCAUCCCGCUCGACGGGGCUUCGGGUGACCUGGGCGUGGCCGUUGGAGGCGGAGCCGACUAUGGGGAGUUCCCAUUCGUCACUGCAGCCCCUGGGGGCGGAGUCACGGUGGGCGACGUCAUUCUAGAGAUCGGCGGAACCCCGGUGCUGGGGAUGACGCUGGGGGACGUGCGGGGCGUCCUCAACACCUGUCCUCACCCCGUGCGCAUCAAGAGCGUGUCACCAGGCUCCACCCUGUGUAAGGACUUGCGGCUGUACCUCAGUAAGUGCUUCACGCCGGGCUCCAUGGAUAGCCAGCUGCAGCAGGUGAUCCGGGAGAACCUCUACCUGCGGGCCGUGCCCUGCACCACCAGGCAGCCUCGUGAUGGCGAGAUCCCCGGGGUGGACUACAACUUCGUCUCGGUCCAGGAGUUCUUCUCUCUGGAGGAGUCCGGGGCCCUGCUGGAGAGCGGCAAGUUCAAAGGCAAUUACUACGGCACCCCUCGUCCAGUUCACAUAGGGCCUGAGAGCCCCCCCAUCACCUACCAGGAGCACCGCAACCUGCUGAGAAAGUUCCGGACUCGCAGCAAGAGCUUGAGCCACCUGGAGAAGGCGACCGAGGAGGGAGAGAACAGUGAGGAGGACUCGGGACUGUCCGGAGGUUCAGCUGGAGCCUCCAGCCUCCCCGCCCCCACGCUAUCACCCAGCCAAUCGCGCGACUCCAGCGGAGGCGACGGCAGCGCCCUGGAGAACGGCUUCGGCAGACGCAGGAGCUCCAGGAGACACACGGCCCGCCAGAACUGGGAGAUGGUCUACAGCGACUCAGGGGACCCAUACUAUGUAGAUCACUCCAAGACAUCCAACUGGAAUGACCCUCGACCUGGCAGCAGGGAAAACUCCUUCAUCAAAACAGGCUUACCCGUGUUCACGGAGCAGCCCGGGGAGCUGAGGGGCUACUCGGUGCACACGCGGCUCUCUAAGGGCCCUCGCGGCUUCGGCUUCAACAUCGUGGGAGGAAGUCGGCCGCGGGAGUUCCUGCAGGUGUACAGCGUCACGCCCGGAGGCCCGCCCGCUCUCAACACAGCGGACAUCCUGGUGUACAUCAGUGACGUGUGUGUGCUGGGCUCGUCCCACAAGCAGGCGGUGGAGAUGCUGAAGACCGUCCCCACUGGCCACAGCGUGGACGUGGUGGUGCGCCGGGGCUACCCCAUGCUCUACGACCCCGACGGCUGCCCCAAGCAGCCCCCGCCCGUCCUGCCGGGCCCCCCGCCCCUCUCCUCCUCCGCCCCCCCCACCACCACCCAGCCGCAGCCGCAGCCGCAGCCCCACCUGCACCUCAACGGCCUGCUGCCGCACCACGAGCGCACCUACACGGGCAUCCACGCCCGCAGGAUGGCGCGGCUGAGCCUGGACGCCAACGGCAACAGCAACGCCUCGCCCAUCAUGUCGUCGUUGUCGUCGUCGUCGCCGCCGCGCGGGCCGCUGUCCUACGCGUCCUACUCCAACGUGGGCCCGGGGUUCCGCCCGCGCUCCUCCAGGGGGCUCCACCACCACCUGCACUACCAGGACCACCUGGCCAGCCAGAGCGACAGCGAGGUUGUGUCCGCCAUCGGAUCCCACAGGGCCUCGCUCAUCCGUAACCAUAACAACAACUCCCUGUGCGCUCCCAGCCCUCUGCGCCUUCACUCGGCCAAGUCGUCCGAGAGUGACCUGUCCGCGUACGCGCCGGUCCUCCCCAUCUCCCACCUGCCCCUCCCGCAGCCCGAGGUGGGCCUCCCCGUCCCCCCCCCACCCACGGGCACCUCCUCGCUCACCUCCUCCCCGGUGCGGAGGCCCAGCGGCGGCCAGAGCGGCAGCUUCCACCGGCCCAGGCCGCACCACGCUCUCCUCACGCCCCCCACCCCCGCCCGGGGCCUCGCCUCUGAGCCCCUGGGCUCCGUCGGAGGCGGGUCGCCCCACUUUGGGUUCAACGGUACGGGGAUGGGCGUGGGGGCCAGCGGCAGCAGCGCCGGGGGGAGCCCCAACAGCAGCAUCCCCUCCCCGGGGGCUAUGAGCAGCGGGGGCAGUGGAGGUGGAGGGGAGCUGGUGCCGGUGGCUCUGGGGCAGCAGACUGAGGUGGGGGGAGGACUGGGGUUCAGCGUGACGGCGGGGGGGCAGGGGGGGCGUCUGGCCGUGGUCAAGAGGGUGAUGGACCGCCGGCAGUGUGCCGGGCUGCAGCCGGGAGACGCCAUCGUCAAGAUCAACGGCGCCGACGUGCAGAGCCUCAGCUUCGCUCAGGUCCAGAGGGUCCUGCAAGAGCACACUAAGAGGGGAGAAGUCAUUCUGCUGGUGUACAGAGGAGGGUCCAUAUACUCCUCUGUUUCUCCAGCCUCCAUACGUCGGCACCGGCCCCCUCCCUCCCCGCACCUCUCCCGCGACCCCCAGGCCCCGCAGAUGGACUCCGUGGUGCCCCGCACCUCCCUGACCCCUCCCCCUCCCACGCUGGUGCGCUCCUCAUUGGUGCAGAGCACCAGCUUCCUGGACUCAGUGCCUGUCACUCUCACCAUGGAGCCUCGCGAUUGGAUGAGCGCGGACGAGGCGGGCAGCCCGCGGCCCGGCUCGCGGCGGAGGGAGGAGCGGGAGAAGCUGCGGGCGGCUGCGGUCACUCCGCCCGUUGCCCCGGCAACCCCGCGCGGCUACGAGGUGGAGCUGAAGAGACGGCCGGGCGAAGGGUUCGGAUUCGUCAUCGCAUCGCAGGACGUGGAGAACGGACGAGCCACCUCUCUCCUCCCUCAUCGUUUCGUGACGGUGCGGAGGGGAAGCCCGGCGGCCCGGAGUGGUCAGAUUCGUCCCGGAGACCGGCUGGAGGCGGUGGAGGGCCGGCCAGUGGUCACGCUGCCUCACCGAGAACUCGCCCAGAUCCUGCGCCGCGCCGGGAACACGCUACGCCUCACCAUCGUACCGCGUUCCAGCGCACAUGCCUCAGACAAUGCUGAGUUCGACACAAACCACCGAACCAGGAAGGGCCACAGGUCUCGACCCAAGGUGAGAGCAGAGCAGGACUCCAGGUACUACAGUGUGGAUCUGGAGCGAGGGUCCACUGGAUUUGGCUUCAGUCUGAGGGGGGGUAGUGAGUACAACAUGGGCCUCUAUGUGCUGGGACUCAUGGAGGGGGGGCCUGCCCAACGCAGCCACAAGAUACAGGUGAGUGAUCAGCUGGUGGAGAUCAACGGCGACAGCACCACGGGCAUGACCCACAGCCAGGCGGUGGAGCGGAUCAGGACGGCGGGUCACCACAUCCACCUGGUGCUCAAGAGGGGCAACGGCUACGUGCCCGACUAUGUGGAGCUUUCCAGCCUCUCUCUCUGUAUGACCAACUCCAAACUUGGCGAGCCUUGCUUCUAUGUCAUCGGCCGGACAGAGAAUACGCGGCCGUAAUCGCGCAGCAGCCUUCCCCUCUUCCUCUCUCCACCCCCCUCAGUCGCAUCUGGUUGCAGUAGACAGGAGGGGUCGGAGGUCACGGGCAGGGGAGAGGGGGAGGUCACAAAGUCAAAAGGUCAG